CGACGUUAUUGAAUCGCCAUUUUAGAAAGAAGGAGAGCUGUUUGGAACAACAGCAGUCAGUUAGCUACGUGCUUCAACGUUAUAGUACAUAUUUUUAUUUUAUCCAGUGUUCCUACAACGCAGAAAUGUCUCGGGACAGAUUUAACCUUAACGUUAGAGGAAAUAAUCGUGGAGUUGGAUUUCAACGCCGGGGAGGUGCUGGCCCGAUGCGAGGUGGAAUGGGUAACAUGAAUAAUUUCAGACAAAACCAACACCCUUUUCAAAGAGGGCCUCAUCCCGGUAACUUUGGAAAACCACCCAACCAGAUACCUCAGAUAACCCCUCAGAAGCCACCCGCACCAACUCUUUCCCAGCCAGGCGCUCAAGCGAUUCGGCCACCACCUACUCCUGGCCCUGCGCUAACCAUGAAGGGCCCCAUACAGCAACAGCAGGCCGCUGCCACAGUAGCUCCGGCCGCGGCAGCAACUCCGACGGCCGCAGCAGCAGCAACUCCGAAGGCCGCAGCAGCAGCAACACCGAUGCCCGCACCUCCCGCGGCCGCAGCAACAGCGCCUGCGGCUCAACAAAAAAUGCAGUCCCCACCUCCGAAGCCUGUUCCUCCGAAACCCGCACUUUCAUCUCCCCCACCAAACCAAAUUAAAAAACCCGCUCUCUCAUCUCCCCCACCAAACCAGAUGAAUAGGAACCAGCAAAGACCAGGACCCGGCAACGCCAAUGGGAAUGGGAAUAAAUCUGCACCCGCGAACAAAAAACCUGAACCUCAAACGCAGAAGAACACUUCAAAUGAGGCCGAGGAAGCCCACCCCCCCAAUGAGUUGAGAGCGACAUUGUCCUCGUUGCGCAGACCUGGCGAGAAGACAUACACUCAACGAUGCCGCCUUUUCAUUGGAAACCUUCCCAACGAUAUCUCAGAUGACACAUUCAAGAAGCUGUUUGCAAAGUAUGGCGAGCCCAGUGAGAUUUUCAUCAACAAAAACAAAGGCUUUGGCUUCAUACGCCUUGAAUCCCGUGCAUUGGCUGAGAUAGCUAAAGCUGAGCUGGAUGAUGUACCCAUGAAAGGCAGACCGCUUCGGGUGCGCUUUGCAACUCACUCGGCUGCACUGUCUGUGAAGAAUUUAUCACCUUUUGUUUCCAAUGAGCUACUGGAGGAGGCCUUUUCCCAGUUUGGAGUGGUGGAGAGGGCUGUGGUAAUUGUAGAUGAUCGCGGGCGCUCCACUGGCAAGGGCAUUGUCGAAUUUGCCUCUAAACCUGCUGCACGAAAGGCACUAGAUCGUUGCAAUGAUGGAGUCUUCUUGCUCACCACGUCACCUCGUCCAAUUGUCGUUGAGCCCCUUGAACAAUACGAUGAUGAGGAUGGUCUGCCAGAAAAACUGGCACAGAAGAAUCACAACUAUCAUAAGGAGCGGGAGGAGCCUCCCAGGUUUGCCCGUCCUGGCACUUUUGAGUUUGAGUACUCUAAGCGUUGGAAGUCCCUGGACGACAUGGAGAAGCAGCAGCGCCAGCAAGUGGAGAAGAACAUCCGCGAAGCCCGUGAGAAACUGGAGGGCGAGAUGGACGAUGCUUUCCAUGUGCACCAGGCCAACAUGAUCCGCCAAGAUCUGCUGAGGCGUGAGGAGGAGCUACGACGCAUGGAGGAGAUGCACAGUGCGGAGAUGCAGAAGAGGAAAGAGAUGCAGCUCAGGCAGGAGGAGGAACGUCGCAUACGUGAGGAGGAGACGCUCCGCCAGAGGGAGAUUGAGGAGCAAAUCCGGCGCAAGCGGGAGGAGGCCUACAGAAGUGGGAACUUCAUGGACAAUAGGGAUAUGAGAUUGACUCAGGGUGGUGCCAUGGGCAUGGCUGACAAUCAAUUUGGCUCACCCAACCAGAAGUUCCCCAUGGGACUCCAAGGCAUGGGUGGACCUAACGCUGGGGGAGCCAUGAUGCCCAAUGAAAUGGUGCCUCGAGUGAUUGUAGGAGGCUGAGGAGCUGCUUCUGGUUUAACAUAUGGUUAACUGAAGAGACUGAUGUCUGUUCAAACCUGUGCAGGGGCGCCUCUGGUCCAUCCUAAAACAAGGAUAUGGUCUAUCCUAAAGCAAGGAAAUGGAUCUGCAGGUUGGUUGAACUAUUCUCAAACACAUUAGUUUAAAUAGUGUGGUUGCUUGUUCUUGAAUGGCGCAGUGGUCAAAAGCACUGCACCGCAGUGCUGAGGCACCACUCUACAGCCUGAGGUUUGAUCUCAUGCUGUGUCACAACCGGCUGUGACCGGGAGCCCCAUAGGACUGCGCACAAUUGGCCCAACGCCGUCCGUGGUAGGGGAGGGUUUGGAUGGUGGGGUUCUCCUUGACUCAUUGUGCUCUAGUGACAAGCUGACUCUGGUUUUCAGUCUAACAGUUUUUCCUCCCACACAUUGAGGCUGACAUCUGGGUUAAGCGAGCAGUGUGUUAAGUAGGGGGCCGGGCGGGUCAUGUCUCGGAGGACGCAUGGCUCGACCUUUGCCUCUUCCGAGCCCAUUGAGAAGUUGCAGAGAUGAGCCAAGGGAGGUAAUUCGGGGAGAAAGAAAAUGUUUAACCCAGUUAUUUUAUUUUUGCUUGUGGCCAUGGACGGGCCUGGUUAGUGCUGGGACGGGAGACGGCCUUGGAAAACUAGGUGGUUGCGCUGUUAUUGCUUGAUUUCAUGUUUGUCGAUCAUUUCCAAUGGAUGACGUUAUUUGUAGCGACUCAAUAUAUGUUACAUUUUUUCUCCCAUAAGAACCAGGCGGACGUGAAGUGUGAUGCCGCCCCAGCAUCCAACCAGCAGAAAAGCUAGAAGUUCAACAGGAGACUCUUAAAAAAAAAAAUUUUAAAUGUAUUUUUCUACACAAAAUUGCAAUAAAAGGUUCAACUUGGA